AUGGCACCCAAAGAGGACUGGGAGAAGUAUAAGGCACCUGCCGAGGAGGAAACAAGCGAAGAAAAACCAAAUGUGCCGCUUACGGAGGGAGAUAUCCAGGUCUUGAAGACUUAUGGCGCUGCACCAUAUGCGGACAAACUCAAAGCCACCGAGAAGGAUCUCAAGGAUAUAGAAGCUAGAAUCAAGGAAAAGGCAGGCGUCAAGGAAAGUGACACUGGUCUUGCACCAUCACAUCUGUGGGAUAUCAUGGGUGACAGACAAAGGCUAAGCGAAGAACACCCCUUGCAAGUCGCUAGAUGCACAAAGAUCAUAAAGCCCGAAGCUUCUGAAGAAGCCACCGGCGAAGAAGACGAAGAAGACUCAAAAUACAUUAUCAAUCUCAAGCAGAUUGCCAAAUUUGUGGUGGGUUUAGGCGAACGUGUUUCGCCCACAGAUAUUGAAGAGGGCAUGCGUGUAGGUGUGGACCGUUCAAAAUAUCACAUUGAGCUGCCACUGCCACCUCGUAUCGAUCCCUCGGUCACCAUGAUGACUGUAGAAGAAAAGCCGGAUGUUACGUAUAGUGAUGUCGGAGGGUGCAAAGAGCAGAUCGAUAAACUACGUGAAGUCGUAGAGCUGCCGCUUUUAUCACCAGAAAGAUUCGCCACAUUGGGUAUCGACCCACCAAAGGGUAUUCUACUUUACGGACCUCCAGGUACUGGUAAGACACUUUGUGCGCGUGCUGUUGCGAACAGAACAGAUGCAACUUUUAUUAGAGUCAUAGGAUCUGAAUUGGUGCAGAAAUAUGUUGGUGAAGGUGCACGUAUGGUCAGAGAGUUAUUUGAAAUGGCAAGAACAAGAAAGGCCUGUAUUAUAUUUUUUGACGAAAUUGAUGCUAUAGGUGGCGCUCGUUUUGACGAUGGUGCCGGUGGUGACAACGAAGUGCAAAGAACUAUGUUGGAGCUUAUCACACAGUUGGACGGUUUUGAUCCUCGUGGUAACAUCAAAGUAAUGUUCGCAACUAAUAGACCCAAUACAUUAGACCCAGCACUUCUCAGACCUGGUAGAAUCGACCGUAAAGUCGAAUUUUCUUUACCAGAUCUUGAAGGUCGCGCUAACAUUUUCAGAAUCCACUCCAAGUCAAUGAGCGUUGAACGUGGCAUAAGAUGGGAGCUGAUCUCGAGACUUUGCCCCAACUCCACAGGUGCAGAACUGAGGUCUGUGUGUACGGAAGCGGGUAUGUUUGCCAUCAGGGCAAGAAGAAAGGUAGCGACGGAAAAGGACUUUUUGCAAGCAGUUGAAAAGGUAAUCAACGGUUACAAGAAGUUCAGUUCCACCUCUAGGUACAUGCAAUAUAAUUGA